UGGGCGGCCCUGGGAAGCCUAUAAAGCCAGCGGUGCCCCCGGUGUCCGUCUGGAGCAAUGACGGGCACUCUGGCAGGUCAGCCUCGUGCAACAGGCCUCCCUCUCCAGGACCACCGCUCUGGCAUUCUUCGACGGGUGGAACCAAGUCCACAGUCCCCACCAGCCGAGGGAGAGCUGCGGCUGCGCCUCCAGCCUGCCACGAGCACGUUUGCUGAGGCCGGCUGACAAGCCCUCCGAGGGACGGGGGAAGGGUCUGCCAAGAACCGGCCGAGCUGCGGUGCAGCUUGGUGGCAACCAUCUCUCCGAGACGCUAAGGACCUCAAGUCCCGGCCUUCCCUUCACACUCACGCGCCUGCCAUCACCCUGCAGCCAUGUGCUGCUGAGACCGCCCUCAUCAGAAAGCUGUAAAGACUUCAACCAAAGACUGACUCCUCUUCUGUAUGCUUCUCUCAGGUGCACAGGUAGCGAGCGCCAUCCGGUGGGUGCUGAACACAGUGGCCGACGCCCAGCAGAUGCCCACAUGGGGCGCCUCUCGCGGUGCGGACAUGGGUGACAUUCUCCGUCUGCUCAGCUUUCUGCAAAACAGACCCACACUGCUUCCGGCGGUGCCUGUGAUGAGUUCUGAGCUCACAAACGUCUGGCUCACUUCAAAGAGCAUCACCUUUCUUUCUAGAGAUGGAUUUAUUGUUUAAAUUGGACUCGGAGCCGUGCGGCACACCUUGAAAGCCGUGCAUCCGGGGAUAUGGACGUGACUUCCCCAGUGCCCAUCUUUGGCAUGGAGACGUACCCAGGCGCCUCCAACAGCACCUCCCCAGAGCUCAACCUGUCCCACGCCCUCACUGGCACCGUCCUGGCAAACCAGACAGGCGAGCUCUCCGAGCACCAGCAGUAUGUGAUCGGGCUUUUCCUCUCCUGCCUGUACACCAUCUUCCUCUUCCCCAUCGGCUUCGUGGGGAACAUCCUGAUACUGGUGGUGAACAUCAGCUUCCGGGAAAAGAUGACAAUCCCGGACCUGUACUUCAUCAACCUGGCGGCAGCCGACCUCAUCCUGGUGGCCGACUCCCUGAUCGAGGUGUUCAACCUGGACGAGCAGUACUAUGACAUCACCGUGCUGUGCACCUUCAUGUCCCUCUUCCUCCAGAUCAACAUGUACAGCAGCAUCUUCUUCCUCACGUGGAUGAGCUUUGACCGGUACAUCGCCCUGGCCCAGGCCAUGCGCUCCAGCCUGUUCCGCACCAAGCACCACGCCAGGCUGAGCUGCGGCCUCAUCUGGAUGGCCUCCGUCUCUGCCACGCUGGUGCCCUUCACCGCCGUGCACCUGCAGCACACGGAGGAGGUCUGCUUCUGCUUUGCCGACGUCAAGGAGAUCCAGUGGCUGGAAGUCACCCUGGGUUUCAUCAUCCCCUUCGCCAUCAUCGGCCUGUGCUACUCGCUCAUCGUCCGGGUGCUCAUCAAGGCUCACAAGCACCGGGGCCUGCGCCCCAGGAGGCAGAAAGCCCUCCGCAUGAUCUUCGCUGUGGUCCUCGUGUUCUUCAUCUGCUGGCUGCCAGAGAACGUCUUCAUCAGCGUCCACCUCCUGCAGCGCACGCAGCCAGGAGCCGCACCCUGCACGCAGUCCUUCCGCCACGCCUACCCGCUAACCGGCCACAUCGUCAACCUGGCGGCUUUCUCCAACAGCUGCCUGAACCCCCUCAUCUACAGCUUUCUGGGGGAGACUUUUAGGGACAAACUGAGGCUGUACAUUGAGCAGAAAACCAACAUGUCGGCUCUGAACCGUUUCUGCCACGCCGCCCUGAAGGCAGUCAUUCCCGACAGCACCGAACAGUCCGAUGUGAAGUUCAGCAGCGCAGUGUAGAGGCGGCAGAGCCGCGCCAGCACAGACCCAGCGCUGUGUCACCCCCAGGGCCAGGCGGGAGGAAGGGCUGGACCACAGCUGGCCCUGAGCCCGGACAGAACACGCCAACCCACCCGUGCCCCGGCCGCGGGCACACCUGCACCCUAAGGAGCCCUCACUGCAAGCCACCUUGACUUGGGGCCGAGCACAGAGCACCAGGGCUCCCCACCCACACUCAGAGCUGCAGGGCAUGGGGACCGGCGUGAGCUGGCGCAGGGCACGGGGACCGGUGUGACCUUGCACUCCACUCUGCACACACUGUGUCUACAGCAAAGGACGUUUCUCUUGUUGGCCAAUGAAAGCAAAACGAAGGGGACACUUUGGAGGAAAGACCUUUUCAAGGCUGAUCUGCCAUAAAUCUGCCAUCCUUGGGAAAAAUGAAGUCUGAAGACAGAACACACUCAGCGGAUCUGAACUGGAUACUGUGGUCCAUCCUCCACAUCUGUGGUUUAUGGUUUAUUGUGCAUACUAACAAGUACACUCGAGUUAGAGAGGAAGGGAGAAGCGCUUCUCCCACUCCUCAGAGUGGCCCCUCGCCAACAGCGGCUGCAUGACCCUGAGCACUCGGGCUGCCUCAGCCGGAAGGCUUUUCUGCAACCAGAGACCCCGUUGCUGUCCGAGUCGCUGGCCCACUGCUGCCUGUUUACGGGCGUCUCUGCACCUACACCACCAGGGAAGGAGGCCAUGGGGGUACAGGCCGGGGAGCCAGUGUGCAUGGGAGAAAGUUGGCCUCUGAGAGUAACAAUGGGGAUGAAAAUGACGGCAAUGUAAACAGUUCUUCUUAAAAUGUACAAAAGAAAAACUAGUGAUUGCUAGGAACGUCCAGCCUUUGUCAA